AUGGCAGCUGCUUCGUUACAAUCCGCUUCGUUACCCGCGCUACUGAAUCGCGUCGGCGAGCUACACGAAGAAGUGAGCGACGCGAUCGAGCGAAGCCUCCAGUGCGACUUUUUUCUCUCCACCGGCGGUAUCGGCGCCGCCGCCGCCGCUGGUGCCGCCGCCGGUGCCGCCGCCGAUUGCGCUUCUGCGGGGUCUUCUCCCUCUGGCCCGCUGGUGGCUUCUCGCCUGUCGCAACAGGACACGCCCACCAAAAACUCCAGCGGCUCUAGCGGGGACAAGUCUAACGGGGAUAAGUCUAACGGGUCUGGAAGCAACACAAGCUCCCCCUCCUCUUCCUACCAACGCGCCUAUGAAAAACAUGUCGAGUCUGCCCGGAAGGCCGGGCAGGACGAGAAGAUUCAGUCCGGGCAGGGAAGCGCCGAGGCACGGAUGCUGAUUGCGCUCCGCGACGCGCUUGAGAUGCUCGAGUGGCACCUGGACCAGCUGCUACAGUGCGAGGAAACGCUUCAGGAGAAACUUCAGGUGAAACAACAGAAGACGCAGCAGCAGAUAAACCAUCUGCGCGCGCCGCAGCGGCAGGGGCGCAGGGCGAGCGCGGGAAAAACCGGGGCGCGGGGAGUCAACGCCGCCGCCCUCGCGGCCGCGGCGGCUGCCAGAGCAGCGGCGGCGGAGGAAGCCGCGGCGGGUUCCGCGGAGGGGGGGUGCGAGGCGGAGGCGGAGGCGGCGACGCAGUGGGCGCAAAUGGUGACUGAGUUAAAGAUGGCGGCGCGGAUCGUGGCGUCGCAGGGGCGGUGCCACCAGGGGCGCGAGGCGGAGGUGGUUGCGCGCAUCCAGCAGCUGGCGGAAGACGUUGACCUGGAGCCCUUCCCCUUCCCUUCCGCCCUUGCCCCCCUCCCUUCCGCCAUUGCCCCCUUCCCUUCCGCCCAGCAGCAUAAGUUAUUUUCUUCCUCCGCCUUCUCCCCUUUCCCCGCCGCCCCCCUCCUCGCGUUGCUCCCUGCCCACGCGCCCUCCCCCUCCUCCUCCCCCUCCUCCCUCCUCCCCCAACCCCUCACUCCCGCGCAAGGCCCCGCCGCUGCGCCGUACUCCUCCGCGCAUCCCUUCUCCCCCUCCCCCUCCCCCUUCUCCGCUUCCGCGCUUUCCCCUUCCCCCUCGAAGGAAGCUUCCAUGCAACUUCCGCCCUACUACCAACACCCGGAAGUCGCAGUGAUGGGCGGAGGGGCGGUUGCGGAGGGGGAGGACUCAGAUGGGGACAGCCCCACGAGCGGGCAGGUCGGGCAGAAUGACUGGGCGGUGGGCAGGCCGCCGGAACAUGCAACUGGUGCUCUGGGUCUGGGGGGUGGGGAGGGAGGCGAGGGUGUUACUGCUGCUUCCGCAAAUGACUUCCCUGCUGCACCUGCUCCCAUCGACCCCAGCUGUGCUGCCACUGCUGACGCCUCACUUGCUGCCGCCGCUGCCACUGUCGCGGCUGACUCCUCUGCUGCCCACGCAACUCCUGAUUCCAUCGCUGCACCCGCAGCACCACUGGUCGAGCCUGCACAUACCUCUCCAAGCCAGCUCCCCUCAGUUCAACCGCCCUCAGAUGAGCCCUCCUCGGGCCUCACCUCUUUGGCUCACCCCUCGUCAGCCGAUUCCCUUCCCCAGUCCCCACCUGACUCUCUUCCCUCCCCUCCCGUCCCCCCGCUAGAAGCCUCUCGGAUACACUCACGCCACCCUCUACCAUACCAAGCUGUGCCGAACCUGGCUGCCGAACCUGACUCGCAGCCUGACCAGCAGGCCCGGAACCAGCCGAACCAGAGCUGGGCGCUCCAGCCGAUCAACCAGGUUCGGGCGUUGACUCGUGUGGCGACUGGCGGUGCUAAAGCCAUAGAGGUGGUGGUGGGGAGGGUUGCCCGCCUCUCCUCCUUCCUCCUCCACCCCAUGACGCUCAGCCUUGGCGGCCUUGUCGGUGUCUCCCUUGGGAUUGCCGCUGCCACGUCAGCAAGGAGGGAGAAGGGGGGUGGGCAUUGGGGGGUGGUGAGGCGAGGGGUGUUGGGAGCGCUGCCGAGACCGGGUGCUGAGUCAGCUGUUGUGUGGAGGGAGGAGGAGAGGGGGCGGGAGAGGGAGAGCGAGAGAAAGAGGGAGGAGGAGAAAGCGAGGGAGGUUGAAGCGUGGGAAUUGGACGAGAGGUUGUGGGCAGCGGAGGGGGAUUGGGGAGAGGGAGACGGGUCGUUUGGAUUGAGGGGUUUGGAUGAGGAGGAGGGUUAUGGGAGCAUUGGGGAGGCGGACGAGGAGGAAGAAGAAAAAGAGUCAGACGAGGAAGAGGAAAGGAGGGAAGAGGAGGGUGGUAUGUGGGGCACGAGUGGUGGUUCAGUGGAGGGUGUAGGGAAGAGCGAGGGGGAAGGGGUGCAGGAGCGGGGCGGGGGUCUAUUAGCGUUCUUGCAGGGGGAAAUGAGGCGACUCAAGGGGCAAUCAGACGAGGCAGGUCUGGUUGGAAGCGGAGGAAGCGAGGAGAAGGGAGGGAGGGGUGGGGUGGCGUGGGGGGCAGGGCAGGCGGGGGCGUAUGCUGCUGCAGUGCUGGAGCGGCUGAGGGAGGAGGUGCGCGUGAGAGAAGAGGAACUGGCGAGAGUGAAGGCGAGGGGGGAGGAGCUUGAGCGAGUGAGGAUGCGAGAGCUGCAGCUGCUGCAGGGGCAGUGGGGCGAGGUGGGGGUGGUGGAUGCUGGGGAGGAAGGGGAGGUGGGAGGGGAGAAGAGAGAGGAGGAGACAAGGGAGCAGGGAGGGGAGGAGAGAGACGAGGAGGGAGGGGAGGAGAGAGGAGAGGACGGAGGGGAAGGGAAAGGGGAGGGGAAGGGGGAGAGGGCAGGAGGGGGGUUUGGAGUGCAUGUGGAUGAUCCCCUGCUGGCUGCUGUUCUCAGAGACCUCUCCGUGCGCCCGGUUGACUCUGCCCAUGCUGCUGUUGCUGCGGCUGCUGCUGCUGGUGAUGAUGAUGUGGGGAUCACUCCGCUGCCGCGGUUGAACAUCAGCAAGCCCAAGGGAGAGUGGGACCACCAGCAGGAGCAGCAGCGGCGGAAGAAGCCUCAAGGCGGCUUUGAGCGAGAGUGGGAUGGAGUGAGCAGCCUUAGCAAGCCAGGCUCGGAUGCAUGUGUUUCUGCUGCCGGUGGUGCUGGUGUUGCUGGUAGUGGGGGUGACUUUCGGGAUUGUGGAAGCUUCUUGGAAGCAGCACAGGGCUGGCUGGAGAAGGUUCAGGAGGGGAGGUCCCAGAUUGACAGUCAGAUGCUUAAAGCGGGCGGCACACUGCAAAAGGCGGGCGGCACACUGCACAAGGCAGGUGCGGCGUUACUUGACGCGCCUCGGAACACCAUCCAUGCCACAGGCCAGGCGUUGCCGAACGUGAUUCCGAGCCUGCUGCCGUGCGUUGCUCGCAAGUACGAGAGGCUGAAGAGGCGUGGGUGGGUGGGGGUGCUGCGAGGAGGGGGCAGCGGGGAGGGCAGGGAAAAGGAACGGGGCGGCUGCACGGAUGAAGCACAGCAGGCACGAGACAGCACUGCGUAUAGUAAUGCUGUGCAAAGCAGUAGUUUUAUUGUGGCUUCUCACACUGAGGUGCAUGGAGUGAAUUUGGCACCUGGUGCGGUGAUGGUUCCAGGUGUUGCAGCAGGGGGGGCAGGGCAUGGAGGAGGGGAUGGCUUCUGGACAGAUCUGAAGGAGAAGGCUCAGCAGUUGAGCACUGGACGGAAGAGAGGGAGGGAGUGA